AUGAAGAUAUUCUUCAAAAUAAGGAAGCAGAAGUAUCUCGAGGCAUUAGAUAAGCAUGAUCGUCCAAAGGCUGUGGAGAUUUUAGUGAAAGAUUUGAAAGUGUUUUCCACUUUUAAUGAAGAGCUUUUCAAGGAAAUCACUCAGCUCUUGACCUUGGAAAAUUUCCGGGAGAACGAGCAGUAUUCCAAGUACGGAGAUACAAAGUCAGCAAGAUCUAUCAUGUUAAUGGAACUUAAAAAGUUGAUUGAAGCAAAUCCAUUGUUUCGCGAUAAACUGCAGUUUCUUACACUUAGAAAUUCACGGCUGAGGACGCUGAUUAACCAGAGCUUGAAUUGGCAACAUCAGCUUUGUAAAAACCCAAGACCAAAUUCUGAUAUAAAGACACUCUUUGUCGAUCACUCCUGUCGCCUACCAAAUGAUGCACGAGCACCAUCCCCUGUCAAUAAUCCAUUGCUUGGAUCAUUACCAAAAGCCGGUGGAUUUCCUCCUUUAGGUGCACACCCAUUUCAACCAACACCUUCUCCGGUUCCGACACCUCUUGCUGGUUGGAUGUCUAGUCCUUCCUCUGUCCCUCAUCCAACUGUGUCGGGAGGAGGCAUUGCUCUUGGUGCUCCAUCCAUCCAAGUUGCAUCUGUAAUCUAUGUAACAUUUUCUCCGAUUUUGGUCUUAGCAGCCUUGAAGCACCCGAGAACUCCUCCAACUAAUUCCAGUGUAGACUAUCCAUCAGGUGACUCGGACCAUGUCUCAAAAAGAACAAGACCUAAGGGAAUCUCUGACGAGGUGAAUCUAGGUGUGAACAUGUUACCAAUGACAUUCCCAGGGCAGGCUCAUGGUCAUAGUCAAACCUUCAAAGAACCUGAUGACUUGCCUAAGAAAGUAGCGCGGACUUUGAGCCAAGGCUCAUGUAAUGUCCCACAAAAUGAUCCAGCAGAAGCCAAGGCAAGCAACGUGCUAGGCUGCUUGGUAACCGAGCAGGGUGCUUGCUCUGGUCAUGGGUAG